AUGAUGCAGCGAAAUGCGGGAUCGUUCCAGCAGCGUGGUUGCAGCACUGUUGCUAGGAGCGUGCGGUCCACGCCUGCGGUGCAUGCAGCGCGAGCUGCAACGGCCGACGCCCAGCCCAGCACAAGCGGGCGCGAUGAGCGCAUCGUUUCGAUUCUCAUUGAAUGCGGCGCCCUGACCGAGGCCGACGUCGCGGCCGCGGCACCUGCGCUCGCCGGUGCGGACGAGGCCGCGCUGCGCGCCUCAUUGACAGCACUCGCGGCGCGGUUCAAGCCGCGGCACGUGCGUGACAUCGCAGUGGGGUCGCCACAGGCGCUGCGACUGGACCUCAAGUCUUGGAUCACGUUCUUGGAGGCGUGGGCGACCGAUGACGUCGUGUGGUCGGUGCUGCGGUAUCAGCACGCCGCGCUGGCCUCUACGGACGUCUUCAGAGCGGGCCGCGCCAUCCUAUUCCUGAGGAAUUUGGGCCCCUGGUCGGACCGGGAGAUCGCGACCCGCGUGCUGCUCUGCCACGCGCGGCUGCUGGCAGCCGAGGAGGCGGCGCUCGAGGGCACCCUCGCGCGGCUACGGGCGCUGGGGCUGUCGGAGGAGCGGGUCCAGGAGAUGCUGUACCACUUCCCCGGGAUCCUCUACGACUUUGGGGACGAGCAGCUGGCACUCGCGGAGCGCGUGUUUGAGCGCAACCGCACCAAGUACGCCUUCAUGGGGUCCUACGAGGUGUGA